GCCGGAAACUGUCAGUCUUUGCGGGAUAUCGACAUUGACUUACCCUGUGCAAUCUCGAGAAUCUGUACCUUCCAUUAUUUUCUUUAUCUAAAAUAACUCAGCUAGACUGAGUCCUGUAUCACGCCGCCAUGCCCGGAGGGCUUCACCCCCCGCUGUCGGUGAUCGAGUCAUGGCCAGCCCCCAACACCGUCAAUCCGGAGUCGCAUGGCCCGGCAGCCAUUGUGGUCGCUGCAGUCUUUGGAGGAAUCGCCUUUGUGACGGUAGUGGUCCGUCUGUACGCCCGCUGCAUAAUCCAACAUCAAGGCGGAAUCGAUGAUAUCCUGAUUGCGUUGGCGCUGCUGCCAACCCUUGGUCUCAUCAUUGCAGUCCCGAUCGGCACGGAAGUUUACGGCGAAAAGCAUCAUACCUGGGACAACAGCGUUGCGAUGCUGAUUGGGGAGCGCAAAGUCGCCGCGGCCUCGGAGCUCUUCUAUGUGCUGGCCUCCGGACUCAUCAAAGCCUCAGUUUUACUCUUCUAUCGUCGCAUGAGCCAACGGACUGUCUCUCCGCGCUUUCGGGCCUUGAUCUGGGUCAGCAUUGGAUCGGUUGCCGCUUACAGCCUGGCCUUCGUUCUCGCCCUCUUCCUCUCGUGCCGGCCUUUGCGCGCCUUCUGGAGACAGAUCGACCCGGUGUGGGAUUUGACGCACACUUAUCAUUGCUACAACGAGGGCGCCCAUCUGAUCGCCGCGACCUCGAUCAGCCUCGCCCAAGACCUGCUGGCCACCACGCUUCCGGCGGUGUUCUGCAUCCGACUGCACAUGCGCCGCCGCCAGAAAGUGGCGCUGACAGCGGUUUUCUCGGUCGGAUAUCUGACCGCGGUGAUUGCGGGGAUCCGGAUCUACUUUCUCUGGCGCAUGUUCUACGCCUCGUACGACGGGUCCUGGAUGGCCUGGUAUUGUUGGGUGCUGGCCUUGCUGGAGGUAGCUCUGGCGGCCACCUCGGCCAGUCUACCCGCCGUCAAGGUCUUCUUCCGCUGGUAUAAUGUCCCCUCCAGCCUGGCGGGCAAGAUUCGCUCUCUCAAGCACAGCAAUAGUCAUAGUACUCCGACCGAGCAGUUGAGGUCGGCCAUCCCUCGUCCACGCGACCGGCAGUCGGGCGAUACGGACCAGUACCUGGUCACGGUAGAGGCUGGUGCUGGGAUGGAGCUGGAAUCGUUCUCUUCGCCGGGAUCGGAGCGCGAUGAGGCCCAUAAGGCUACCUCUGAGAAGACGUGA